AUGAGCAUUCCUAAUGAACUUGCUUCCUACUUCCGUGAAACGAGUUUUGAUAAAUGGAAUCAUAUCAAUUGUUUAGAAUAUUUAGCAAAAGUUCAACUUCGUUCAAUAAGCUCAUAUUCAUGGAUGCUCCAAAAAGCAAAUAAUAAAGCUAUUAAGAUGCCCAAUGUGCCGAGAAUUCAUUCAAGCGUAAAGACAUUACCUCGUUUUUUGAACGACUGGAUAUACAGUCCGAUAGUAAGUUCCACAGAACUUGCUAAUAAAAGGAAAUAUAGUGAGGAAGAAAGUCCAUUCAAAAUACCACUACCCAGAUCUCUGAAUAAAGAUGCUCUUCUUACCACAUUUGGAAAUUUGUGUUUUGACUGGAUAGAGUCACAUUCACCAGCAUCAAAAUUAACAAAAUCAUAUACUAAUUCAGAAGUAUCAGGCCCACCAUCACCAUCGUCAUAUGAUCAUGCUGUUGGCGAUACAAGAAAAUCAUUGCACACUGAUAUUUUAAACUUAAUUACGAUCAUCUUCGAGAAUGCAUCUGAGGUUAAAGUUUAUAGUCUACAAGUGAUUGAAUAUCGUAUGACAUUAUAUUCACUAAAUAUGUUAAACGAUGACUUUUAUGGUUUUCAGGAGGAAAUUACAAAGAAAAUUUUAAUUAUGAAAGACCUUGACCUAACAAUUGAUCAUAAUGAAGGAAAUAAAGUUCGGGAUGUGUUGAAAAUUCCAAAAUCUUUGAAGAAUAUACCACCCAAGUAUGCGAAAUAA